UAUGUGUUGGGGUCUAACGUGUGUUUUAUGAUUCUGUAGUGGUGUUGCUGAGGUAGGGAACUGGUGUAUUUCUAGCUGGAUAUGGAGGACACCACUAUACGAUUCUUAAGAAUUUCUUUGGCCUUUCUCAGUCUCUGUGUCCAUGGUCAAAUUGGAAGUGUUGAUGGCUUUGUCCGCAGUGGAGGUUAUCCUGGAUCCUAUGAGGCUGGUCCCCCUUUGCAGGAUGUUGUGAAACCACAAAAUUCCAGCUGGUAUGGCCAAGGAGCUGUAUCUGAUUCCAUCGAGCCUCUAAGAUCCAAGAAUAUCCCUUACAGUGCUGCAGUUAGGGGUGUAUAUGGCAGUGUAAGCUAUAGCCCUCAAACAGUCUCUAUUGGCUCUGGUCCAGUGACAAGUCUUCAUAUGUUUGGUUCUGACUCCAAUGCUAGAAAUCAACUUCAAAGUUCUCUGAUAUCUUUAGCUGGUAGUGGCCGUCUUGUUUCUGGUUCUGUGGCAACUGCAUUGGGUACAAGUGUGAACAGUGAGUCUGUACCCCAGCCAGCACAGCUCAGUUCUCAAAAUCUUGUGCAGACUAGUAGGGAGUCUGUAGUGUCUAGUAGCCAGCAACCAAUGCAGACCAGCUCCCAGUCCAGUGCCCAACAGCCAUUUAUCAAACCCCAGAAAGGUAGACUUGCACAUGUUGGUUCAGAGUUCUUUUCUGGUACCAGGCCAGUCCAGACUUCAAGUUCUGCUAUUAUAUUCAAGCCUGUGCAGCGACAAAAUCUGUCCUCCCUACCUGGUUACCAGUUAGUGCAGGGCAGCCAUGGGUCACAUUAUGAAUCCAGCGUUCAGGCCAGCAGUGUACAACCAGCACAGGCAGGCUACCAACCUAUGGCCCAGCCCAGCAUCCAACAGUCAUAUCAAGCUAGCAGCCAAAGUUCUGAACAAGCCAUCUCUCAAUUUGUGGACCAGUCUAGUGGCCAGCAGUCAGCACAAGCCAGCUAUCAGUCUGUGCCCCAACCUAGUGGCCUGCAGUCGGCUCAAGCCAGCUACCAAUCUAUGCAACAGCCUAGUGGCCAAAAACCAGGACUGACCCGAUACCAGCCUGUCUCUCAGCCCAGUGGCCUGCAGUCAGCACAAAUCCGAUACCAAUCAGCCCAAACGCGCUACCAGUUUGUUCCCCGGCCUGGUGGCCAAAACCCAGGACAGAUCCAAUACCAGCAUAUCUCUAAGCCCAGUGGAUUGCAGUCAGCUCAAGCCAGCUACCAGUCUAUGCAACAGCCUAGUGGCCAAAAACCAGGACUGACCCGAUACCAGCCUGUCUCGCAGUCCGCACAAGCCAGCUACCAGUCUAUGCAACAGCCUAGUCUCCAAAAACCAGGACUGACCCGAUACCAGCCUGUCUCUCAGCCCAAUGGCCAGCAGUCAGCACAAAUCCGCUACCAGUCUGUGCCCCAACCUAGUGGCCUGCAGUCAGCUCAAGCCAGCUACCAGUCAAUGCAACCACUUAGUGGUCAAAAACCAGGACUGACCCGAUACCAGCCUAUCUCUCAGCCCAGUGGCCUGCAGUCAGCACCAACCAGCUACCAAUCAGCCCAAACGCGCUACCAGUUUGUGCCCCGGCCUGGUGGCCAAAAACCAGGUCAGACCCAAUACCAGCCUAUCUCGCAGUCAGCACAAGCCAGCUACCAAUCUGUGUCCCAACCCAGUGGCCCACAGUCGGCACAAACCAGGUACCAGGCUCUGUCCCAUCUCGGUCGCCUGCAGUCAGCACAAAUCGGUUAUCAAUCUGUGUCCAAACCCAGUGGCCCACAAUCGUCACGAAGCAGGUACCAGGCUGUGUCCCAGCCCAGUGUCCAAGUUCCAGCACAGGCCAGCUACCAAUCUGUGUCCCAGUCCAGUGGCCCACAGUCCGCACAAACCAGGUACCAGGCUGUGUCCAAGCCCAGUGGCCUGCAGUCAGCACAAUUCAGCUACCAAUCUGUGUCCCAGCCUAGUGGACAACCAGGACAGGCUCGUUACCAGGCUUCAUCACAACCCAGCAGCCUACAAUCAGCACAAGCCAGCUACCAAUCUGUGUCUCAACCCAGUGGCCCACAGUCCGCACAAACCAGGUACCAUGCUCUGUCCCAUCUCGGUCGCCUGCAGUCCGCACAAACCAGGUACCAGGCUGUGUCCCAGCCCAGUGUCCAAGUACCAGCACAGGCCAGCUACCAAUCUGUGUCCUGGCCCAGUGACCCACAGUCGGCUAAAACCAGGUACCAUUCUUCUCAUCCCAGCAGCCUACAAUCGGCACAAGCCAGCUACCAAUCUGUGCCCCAUCCCAGUGACCUGCAGUCAGCACUAGCCAGCUACCAAUCUGUGUCCCAGCCCAGUGUCCAAGUACCAGCACACACCGGCUACCAGUCUGUGUCCCAGCCCAGUGGCCCACAGUCGGCACAAACCAGGUACCAGGCUUUAUCCUAUCCCAGUGGCCUGCAGUCGGCACAAGCCAGCUACCAGUUAGUGCACUCCAGGUUUCAGGCACCAACUUAUAAGCCCACAUCUCAACUGGUUGACACUGGGUUUCAGCUCUCUAUGCCAGAAAAAUCUAGUUUCCAGUCUCUUUCUGUUCUUGGUUCCCAACCCCUGGAGCAACGUAGUAAUGCGUUUAUUCCUUCAGGCUAUGAGUCUCUGCAGUCUCUUAAACCUGGCUUUGAGGAUCCAGCACCACUGCGUUCCCAACCUACUCAAAGCAAGAGUUUGUCUUCAGGUGUGUUGAGGCGUUUGCAGCAAGUGAAUUCAUAGCUGCGUAACUGUCUUUCAUGGUUUAAUGUUUGCUUUUUGAAACAAAAUAAAUAACUUAAAUGUG